AUGAGAUUAGUGAGGAUAACAUCAAUUCUUGCAAUAUGCAUAACGAUAACAAAUGCAAUACCCGACAAACGUCAAGAGUCGGAAGGAGGAGGAGCAUACCCAACCUUCAAUGAUAACCUUUUUGAACCUUUCCUAGCAUUAGAACCUACACCUGAACCCAUAACGAGAUAUUAUAAUUUAACUUUAUCUCGCGCAGAAUUAAAACCGGAUGGAUUCUCGAGAAUGGUUUGGACGUCAAACAAUCAGUACCCUGGUCCAAUGAUACGUGCCAAUAAAGGGGAUAGGAUGGUAAUUUAUGUUCAGAAUGACUUGGAUGAUGGAACCACGAUUCAUUGGCAUGGACUUUUUCAGCAAGGAACUACCUAUUACGAUGGUGUCGCAGGACAGACUCAAUGUGUUAUUCCAGAUAAUAGUGCAUUUGUUUAUAACUUCACUGCGGGUAAUCAAACAGGAACUUAUUGGUG